GCCUGAGGUGCAUACUACCCAAGAUGUUGUCCGGCAAGCGAUCAUUCCGCGGACUCAGGUCCAGAGCUGUGCAUAUUCGUGCAUCGUAAGUGAGCCUCGGAUGCCCGACAAAAUGGUUACGCACUCAUGGCAAAACCUUUUCCACGAUUUGGUGGCUGCAGUGAUAGCUGAUGCUGUUGGUGAGAACAGCUUCGAAAUGGUGGCGAAUCUGCUGGAGCAUGACAUAUCCAUUCUACACAGGUUGAUGAAGCAGCGGCGUACUGCGGACCGGGUGUAUUGGAUUUGUGCCUUCGCCGUGAACCAGCAUUCUGCUAUCUGCGAGAACCGCAAUGGUGACUGCGAUAGCUUGACGGGGCAGGUCCAUCCGCGCUGCUACUGUAGUCAUCCCAAGAUCUUCAGCAACACACCACCUCUGAUGCAGGUGACCAAUCAAAGCAUUUACUGUGAGAUGAACAAAUUUCCCGACAUGAUGGCCAUGGUAGCAGCAAACAACCCGCGAUUCUCGCAGGUUGUUGCCGUGGACUCGAGGUUUGUUCUCUUCCGCAGGGCAUGGUGUGUCGCUGAACUCGUGGAGGCAGAUGAGGCCGGCAUCAGGCAGCACGUGCAGGUGCAUUCCAGGAAAGUCCUGGAGGAAAACGAGGAAAGUCUCCGAAAUCUCAAGGUGGAGGACAUGGCGGCUUCGAAUCCAGAAGAUGUAGACUUUAUCCUGAACCGAAUCAGCAACAAGAGUGUAUUCAACAAGAAGCUCCAGCAGCUGAUUUUUGAUGAGCAUGGGCUUUUGAGCAACUGGCACCAGUUGGACACCCUUCAUCAGAUGCAGGAGAUCGGAAAUCUCCUGAAGUGGAUCAUGGCUGAUGGCGGACUCGGCGUUGUGUGGCAGUAUUGGGUGAACAGGGGAUAG